CCCGCAGGAACCGCCUCUAAGCCGUCUUGAAGAAAAGUGUCCCGUAACGGGAGGCGGCUGCAGAGUUUGGUCCCAGAGGGCGGCGGGAGCCCGGCGAGUUCCAGGGAGAGCGGCCGCGGCGAAGAAGCCGCCAGGCCAGGCCAGGCGAGGCAGCGGCAGGGGCGGCCAAGGCAGCAGCGGCGGCGCCUCCUCUGUCAAUCAGGCGGACUUCCCUCCCGCACGCCCUGCGCUUCCCAGCCCGCCGCGUCCUGGAGUCUCUCGCUGCGCUGCCUUCGCCGAGGAGAGCUGCCGCUUGCUGAGCGCCGGAGGAGAGCGGGGUGGAUGCGCCAGGGCGAGGAGGCGGAGGACGACGACCAGGAGGAGCACGACCAGCGCCCGGGCUGCUGAGGGCUUCUCCCGCCGCGCCGCCGGGCAAGAGAGGGCGGUGCCGGCUGCCCUCCAAUGUGGCCGGAGCCCCCUGCCGGGAACUUUAAGGCUGGCUCCAAAAGCCGGGCUCCGGCUGCGCGCCGCCUGCCAUGGGUCCUCCCGCCGCCCUCGCCUCGCUCCUCGCCGUCGGCUGCUGGGCGCUCCUCCUGGCCCCCGGGGCCCCGCAGAGUCCCCCGCCGCAGAGAGAUGUUAUUUGGGGCAGUUUAGAAGAGUACAGCCUUGUCAUUCCGACUAGCACCGACUCCGAGGGCAGGUUUCUGUCCCAUGUGGUGUCCGGUGUCUCGACCAAGCGCUUCCGAAGGGACACAGCAGAUCUUCCGCACCAAAGUGGGGACGGGCAGGUUUUCUACAAUGUCACUGUUUUCGGAAGAGAGUUUCACUUCAGGCUGAGACCCAACUCUAGGCUGGUGGCUCCAGGAGCGACAGUGGAAUGGCAAGAGGAUUCGAACCUGACUUACACAGAGCCGCUCUCUGGGAAUUGUCUCUAUGUGGGAGAUAUCACUGACCUGCCGAAUGCUUCUGUGGCCAUCAGUAAUUGUGAUGGGCUGGCUGGCAUGAUUCGCACCGACAAGGACGAGUUUUUCAUUGAACCUCUUCAGAAGGGGAAACAGGAGGAGGAGGAAGGUAGGACCCACGUGGUGUAUCGCAGGGCAGCAGUUGCCAAGAAAACGCUCCCCAGUGAGCCCCCAGAUAUCCAGCAUCGAGAGGCUGAUUUCAGCAACCUAGACAGCAUGUUGAACCUGUUGAAGGAUGAGGUUGAUAACACACGAAGGAAGAGAAGAUAUCCAAGGCAUGCCACGGAUGAUGAUUACAACAUUGAAGUACUUCUAGGUGUCGAUGACUCCGUCGUACAAUUCCAUGGGAAAGAACAUGUUCAGAAAUAUCUUUUGACCCUGAUGAACAUUGUUAAUGAAAUCUACCAUGAUGAAUCCUUAGGUGCCCACAUUAAUGUUGUUUUGGUGAGAAUCAUCAUGCUGAGCUAUGGGAAAUCCAUGAGUUUAAUUGAGAUCGGUAACCCUUCUCAGAGUUUAGAGAAUGUGUGUCGGUGGGCAUACCUACAACAGAAACCUGACACUGGGCAUGCAGAAUAUCAUGAUCACGCAAUUUUUCUGACAAGGCAGGAUUUUGGCCCCUCUGGGAUGCAAGGCUAUGCUCCCGUUACUGGCAUGUGUCAUCCAGUGCGAAGCUGCACUCUUAACCAUGAAGAUGGCUUCUCCUCAGCAUUUGUUGUAGCUCAUGAAACUGGGCAUGUAUUAGGCAUGGAACAUGAUGGUCAAGGGAACAGAUGUGGAGAUGAAGUCCGGAUGGGAAGCAUAAUGGCCCCUCUUGUGCAGGCUGCGUUCCAUCGUUUCCACUGGUCUCGAUGUAGCCAGCAAGAGCUGAACCGUUAUUUGCAUUCCUACGAUUGUUUGCGUGACGAUCCCUUUGACCACGACUGGCCUUCCCUUCCUCAGCUGCCAGGAAUCCACUACUCCAUGAACGAGCAGUGCCGCUUUGAUUUUGGUUUGGGAUACAUGAUGUGCACAGCUUUCCGCACCUUUGAUCCCUGCAAACAACUGUGGUGUAGCCAUCCUGAUAACCCUUAUUUUUGCAAAACGAAGAAAGGACCUCCAUUAGAUGGAACUAUGUGUGCUCCUGGAAAGCAUUGUUUCAAAGGUCACUGUAUCUGGUUAACUCCAGAUAUCUUGAAGCAAGAUGGAAACUGGGGGUCAUGGAGUAAAUUUGGUUCUUGUUCAAGAACUUGUGGGACCGGAGUGAAAUACAGGACCCGGCAGUGUGAUAAUCCACACCCAGCUAACGGAGGCCGCACAUGUUUCGGGCCAAGCUAUGAAUUCCAGCUCUGCAGCACACAAGAUUGUCCUAAAGAUUAUGAAGAUUUCAGGGAGGAGCAGUGUAGACAGUGGGAUCCUUAUUUUGAAUAUCAGAACACGAAACACCACUGGCUUCCAUAUGAACAUACUGAGGCUAAAGAAAGGUGCCACCUCUACUGUGAGUCAAAGGAAACUAGUGACGUUGUGUAUAUGAAGAGGCUUGUACAUGAUGGAACCCGGUGUUCAUAUAAGGAUUCACAUAGCAUCUGUGUACGAGGAGAGUGCCUGAAAGUCGGUUGUGACAAAGUGAUUGGUUCCUCAAAGCAAGAGGACAAGUGCGGAGUGUGUGGUGGAGACAAUAGUCAUUGCAAAGUGGUGAAAGGCACAUUCUCCAGAGUACCAAAGAAACAAGGUUACAUUAAGAUGUUUGAGAUCCCAUCAGGUGCAAGGCAUUUGCUCAUACAAGAGUCUGAGGCUACUGUUCAUAAUCUUGCUAUCAAGAACAGAGAUACGGGGAAAUUUAUUUUAAAUGAAGACAACUAUGUGCCAGAUUCUAAAGUGUUUGUCAACAUGGGUGUGGAAUGGGAGUAUCGGAAUGAUGACGAUAGGGAAAUGGUGCAAACGAUGGGCCCGUUACGCAGUGGAAUCGCCGUUCUGGCAAUUCCUCAUGGUAAUGUCAAAAUUUCACUGACAUACAAGUACAUGAUCCAUGAAGACUCUUUGAAUGUUGAUAACAACAACGUUUUACAAGAUUCGGUAACGUACGAGUGGGCUUUGAAAAAAUGGUCGCAGUGUUCCAAACCUUGUGGAGGAGGUUAUCAGUUUACAAAAUAUGGUUGCCGGAGGAAGACUGACCACAAGAUGGUUCAUCGCAGUUACUGUGACUCCAUCCAGAAGCUAAAGCCCAUUCGGCGAGUGUGCAAUCUGCAGGAAUGUUCUCAGCCAAUAUGGGUUACUGGUGACUGGGAACCAUGCAGCAAAAGUUGUGGGAAAUCAGGCUAUCAGGUGCGUUCAGUCCGGUGUAUCCAGCCGCUGCAUGACAACACAAACCGCUCGGUUCAUACCAAAUAUUGCAGCAGCAAUCGUCCUGAGGGCAGGAGGGCUUGCAACCGGGAACUUUGCCCUGCACAAUGGCGGAUAGGUCCCUGGUCACAGUGUUCCGUAACCUGUGGCAAUGGCACACAAGACAGACAGGUUCUGUGCAGGACAAGAGAAAAUGUUAUUGGUUUUUGCAGAGAAGAGAAGCCGGAGACAACAAGGUCAUGCAGGCUACCUUUAUGUCCUAAAAAUUCAUCAGAUACGUCGAAGAAAACAUACAUGAUACAGUGGCUAUCACGACCAGACCCAGAGUAUCCUAUCCAGAAGAUCUCUUCAACAGAACAUUGCCAAGGAGACAAGUCAAUGUUUUGUCGCAUGGAGGUUCUCUAUCAAUACUGUGCAAUUCCUGGUUAUAAAAAACUGUGUUGCAGGUCGUGUAACAUGUACAGUAACAAAACAGAAAAUGGAAACUCAACAGAAUCCAACCAUAAUAAAGUUAAUGAUAUUGAAGAAGACACCACUCCUACACUUACUACACCUGUUGAAGUUCAUAUCCCACAUACCACUUCAGGUCCGCCAGCUGUUCCUAAAGUGACCGUCAGCAGUCCCAAUGCAACAAUAGAUCAGCCAGAAGGUAACGCAGUGGACGUUCCAUAUAAAAUUCACGGGAUGGAAAAUGAAGUCCCACACCACAACAUCAUCUUGAGAAGGAGACCACCAUAUGAAAGGACAAAGAACCAAAGAAUCCAGGAGCUGAUUGCUGAAAAAAGGAAACAAGAGAUGCUCAGGAAAUUACACUGAAAUGGAAAUAUAACAGCACAUUUUUCCCUCUCUUAUAGAGAUGUUACCAAUACUGCAGUAAUGCCCAUGUUAUCAUAGAGGCUACAGAUAAAUAGUGGUGCUAUGGCAGAAAUGCCAGUUGCUCUUGCCUGCAAUAAAUGGAAAUUUAGGGUUAUUUAAUUAAGGUUAAUAUAAAUGUUUAAAUAAUGGCUAGCUGCAAAAACUAGUGCAAUAUCUUCAUAGAUUCAAGUGCUCAUAUCUAGCCAAGGGCAGCGAGGAUCUUAUUUCUUGUGGUUUGUCUUGCUCCCUUCAUGUGUAUUUUUGACUUCAAUGGAAUGUUAUUGGGAUAUGCUCAGCAUCGUUGACAAGAGGUUUCAAUAGCUUAUCUCUUAAGUCUCAAUGCUGUUUGGAGACUUAUAGGAUAACCAACAGAACCUCAGCUUCAAGGAAGCAUGCACCUGCUUUUUUAAACACUCAAAUCCUUAAUAUACUUAUUUGGAAAUAAGCCCAAUUGCUUUCAGUGGAACUUAUCUCAGAAUCCCUGUGCCAGAAUCCAGGGUGCCAAUCUUACCUAUCUU